GCUUGGGAUUCGGUCACUUCGGCGUACUGGUGCUCCCGUUAGUCUCUGUAGCGCGGGCUCUCGACCUCUCUGUCUGUGACUAGCAGCCAUGGCGGCUCUUAUUAUCAAGAAGGAAGACGAGAGCGGACUGAGUUCGUACUACAAUAACAAGACGACUAUCAUCCAGGAGGCUAGGGUCUUCAACGAAUCUCCCAUCAGUCCGCGAAAAUGCAGGGCAUUAUUGACGCGUAUCGUAUAUCUCUUAUACGUUGGAGAGACGUUCGGGACCCAGGAGGCCACGGAACUGUUCUUUGGAACUACUAAACUGUUCCAACAUAAGGACAGUGCCCUUCGACAAAUGGUCUAUCUCGCCAUCAAGGAACUAUCCACGACAGCGGAGGACGUGAUAAUGGUCACUAGCAGUAUCAUGAAGGAUAUGCAACCGAACUCGGAGGUCAUCUACCGGUCGAAUGCUAUCCGUGCUCUUUGUCGGAUUAUAGACCCGUCAAUGGCCCAAGGAAUAGAGCGCUUCUUUAAGGCCGCCAUUGUUGACAAGAACCCUUCCAUUUCCUCCGCCGCUCUUGUUUCAUCAUAUCACUUAUUCCCUCAUGCGAAGGACGUUGUCAAGCGAUGGGUGAAUGAGGCUCAGGAGGCUGUCAGCGGGAAGUCCUCGAGUUCGUUCUUCGGCGGCAGCUCCAGCAGCGGUUAUUUGGGCGGAUGGGGCUCGCAAACUCAGUCGCAAAGCGGGUAUCAGGCCAUUCCUUCAACCAGCUACAUCACUCAGUAUCAUGCUUUGGGUCUGUUGUACCUAAUCCGGCAACAAGAUAGGAUGGCUGUUACCAAAAUGAUCCAACAACUGGGCGGUGGAAAGUCUGGCACCGGCACUACACUGAAAAACCCUAUGGCCCUAUGCAUGUUGAUUCGCUAUGCUGCAAAAGUCAUGGAGGAGGACCCGAACAUGCAGAGACAGAUAUUGGAACUCCUGGAAGGUUGGCUACGACACAAGAGCGACAUGGUAAAUCUUGAAGCUGCACGAGUCAUCUGCGAGAUGAAGAAUGUGACUCCCGCUCAGUUAACGAGACCCAUUGCAGUCUUGCAAUUACUCUUGUCAUCCCCUAAAUCGACUCUCAAAUUCGCUGCAACCCGUACACUCGCCUCCCUUGCGUUAACGCAUCCAGCUAGCGUCGCCACAUGCAAUAUUGAGCUGGAGAACCUGAUAUCUGACCCCAACCGCAGUGUCGCGACCUACGCUAUCACAACCCUGUUGAAGACUGGUAACGAAGCGUCCGUGGAUCGCCUCAUGAAACAGAUCACAGGUUUCAUGAGCGAAAUCUCUGAUGAAUUCAAGGUUAUCAUUGUCGAUGCUAUCCGGACCUUGUGUCUCAAAUUCCCAGGAAAACAUGCUUCCAUGCUAGGAUUCCUGUCUGGCGUUCUGCGCGACGAGGGUGGCUAUGACUUCAAGAGAGCCGUUGUGGAAGCUAUAUUCGACAUGAUCAAAUUUAUUUCCGACGCCAAGGAGCAGGCCUUGUCCCAUCUGUGCGAAUUCAUCGAAGAUUGCGAAUUCACAAAACUGUCCGUUCGCAUUCUCCACCUGCUUGGGUUGGAGGGACCGAAGUCGCCGCAGCCGGCCAAGUAUAUUCGGUACAUCUACAACCGAGUGGUGUUGGAGAAUGCUACUGUCAGGUCAGCGGCGGUCGCCAGCCUUGCGAAGUUCGGGGUUGGCGUGCAGGACACCUCAUUGCAGAAGAGUAUCAGCGUCUUACUGAAUCGUUGUCUGGACGAUGUCGACGACGAAGUGCGCGACCGAGCUGCUAUGUAUUUAAAGGUCAUUAAAGAACCAGAGCUGGCAAACGUUUACGUUAAAGAAGAGUCAAUACCUUCGCUCGCGGCACUGGAGCAGAAACUAGUCGCAUAUGUGAACGAGCCCGACGCUGCGGAACAACCAUUCGAUAUCAACUCAAUACCAAGGGUCAGCCGAGCACAAGCAGUUUCUGAAGCAGCGCGUCCAAGUACCUUGGACACCAUUAGUGCGCCUACUGCCAAGAAGAGCGCGAGCCCCCCUCCACCAACUGCUGCAGAGACUCAAUCAGCAUAUGCUCAACAGCUUGCGGAAGUGUCAAACUUCGCUUCGUAUGGCCCUGUUCUGCACAGCAGUUCCAAGCCCACACCACUGACGGAGAGCGAGACCGAGUACCAAGUGUCUUGCGUCAAGCACAUUUUCAAAGAGCAUAUCGUAUUCCAGCUGAACGUCUCAAACACACUGCCAGAUACGAUCCUGGAACAAGUUGCUGUUAUUAUGCAGCCUUCCACCGACUCCGGGCUUACAGAAGAUUUCAUUAUCCAAUUAGACUCUCUUGCCCCAACAACUUCGGGUGUGAUCUACGUGUCGUUCACCCGUGAUCACCCAGAUGAAUUCGCUAUGACCUCAUUCCAGUGUGUCCUCAAGUUCAUCAGCAAGGAAUGUGAUCCAGCCACAGGUGAACCUGAAGAGGAGGGUUAUCCGGACGAGUACGAACUGGAGGAGUUGGAGUUGACAGCAGCGGACUACAUUGUCCCGACGUACGCAACCUUCUCGGCGGAGUGGGACCGUCUGCGUGGUGGUGCAUCUGCUACAGAAACCUUCGCACUCUCUGCCAUGGACAGUUUGAAGGCUGCCUGCGACUCGAUCAUCGAGAUCCUGAACAUGGAGCCUCUUGGUGGCAGCGAGGUCCCCACGUCGAGCUCGGUGCACACCCUCCAGUUAUCUGGCAUGCUCCCCGGUGGCGGCGGCAAGGUGCUCGUCCGGUGUCGGAUGACUUACUCCCGAGGGCAGGGUGUGACUUUGGAAUUGGGUGUACGAGCGGAAAAACAGGAAGCGUGCAACCUGGUGCUGGCCGCCAUUGGCGGCUAGGCACCAGGUGGGUUUCUUUCUCAUGUUUGUAGAUACGUGCAGGAUAUCAUACCAUUACCGGACGCUAGACGCUACUACGGUUCCUGUAUCGAACGAACAGCACGGAGGACUAUAGUUGAUCCUCCGGCUUAGAAGUGGUGAUCGGGUUGCGG